CGAGCUGCGCGCUCCCGACGUCUCGCGAGAACGAAUAGCGCAACGUCAGGACGGUGUUUUCUGGAGUAACGUUAGAGGAAGUUAUUCCAGUCAUUUCUCGUUAACGGAAAAAAAAAAGAGAAAAAAGUUCGCGUUAUAAAGUCCCCGAAUUCCGCUUCAGAAACCUCUCGUAUAUAAACUUUAGACUUUUUUAUUUUUUAAAACCGGAGGUUUGGACGCUUUCGGAAAACAUGAUGUCGGACGAUGAUCAGCCCAAGACGUUGUACGUCGGAAACCUCUCCAGGGACGUGACAGAGGCUCUCAUCAUGCAGGUGUUCACUCAGAUCGGACCCUGCAAGAGCUGCAAAAUGAUCAUCGACACGGCAGGAAACGACCCGUACUGCUUCGUGGAGUUCUUCGAGCACAUGCACGCUGCUGCCGCCCUGGCUGCCAUGAACGGACGCAAAAUAUUAGGAAAGGACAUGAAGGUGAACUGGGCCUCCAUGCCGAGCAGCCAGAAGAAAGACACAAGCAAUCACUUCCACGUUUUCGUUGGUGACCUGAGCCCUGAAAUCUCCACAGAGGACGUCAGAGCCGCCUUCGCUCCGUUCGGGAAAAUAUCCGAUGCUCGUGUGGUGAAAGACCUGGCUACUGGGAAGUCCAAAGGCUAUGGCUUCAUCUCCUUUAUUAAUAAAUGGGAUGCGGAGAACGCUAUCCAGCAGAUGAACGGCCAGUGGCUCGGAGGGAGGCAGAUCAGAACCAACUGGGCCACCAGGAAGCCUCCUGCACCCAAAUCCAACCUCGAGAGUCAGUCCGCAGGCAACACCAAACACCUGUCCUAUGAGGAGGUGCUGAACCAGUCCAGCCCCAGUAACUGCACCGUGUACUGUGGAGGGGUCACCUCCGGUCUCUCAGAUCAGCUGAUGAGGCAGACUUUCUCUCCUUUCGGACAGAUCAUGGAGAUCAGGGUCUUCCCAGAUAAGGGCUACUCAUUCGUGAGGUUCGAUUCUCACGAGAGCGCCGCCCACGCCAUAGUGUCCGUGAACGGGACGUGCAUCGAGGGCCACACAGUGAAGUGCUACUGGGGAAAAGAAACCGCAGACAUGAGGGCCAUGCAGCAGAUGGCCAUGCCCCAGAGUAACCCGGCGUACGCGGCUCAGCCGUAUGGACAGUGGGGUCAGUCAUACGGUAAUGGCCAGCAGAUGGGGCAGUACGUCCCUAACGGCUGGCAGAUGCCAACGUACGGAGUGUACGGUCAGGCCUGGAACCAACAAGGCUACAAGUAAGUACACCAGCAUGGUGUCCGCCACCUCCUCCUCCUCCUCCCCCACAAGUACCCCAGUCCAGGAGGGCAGAACAACGCCAGCAGGAUGGACCAUUCCAUCACGAACAGGGGUGGGGGCGGUGGCAAGGGACUCCAACCCGAUGUACAGCGUAUUCGGAUCAUUAGCCCACCCUCGCCACCUGCUUUGGUUUUUUUUUCUUCUUUUUUUUCUUUAAGUUGUCUGGACUGAUAAAAAAAAACAAAAAAGUGUCAGUCUUUUUAAAAGUGUCUUUUGGUUCAUUUGCCUUUUUUCCCCCUUUUGAAUAUAAUAAUUUUUUUGUUGCUUGUACGGACACACUGCAGCUUGACAUGAUUGUCGAUUGAUUCUUCUUUUUUUUUUUUAAUUCAGUCUGGUAGUUUUGUAAAAAAAAAAAAAAGGUAUAUAUAAAUAAAAUAAAAUGGAGGCGGUUUCCUCAGUGGCCUUGA